AUGACAAAAGAAAUCAAUGCACUCGAACACAAAGGUUUAUGUGAACAUUGUCAACAAGUACUGGAAUGGAGAGUACAUUUCAGAAAAUAUAAACCAUUGACACAACCCAAGAAAUGUGUUCGAUGUCUUCAGAAAAACAUCCUUCGAGCUUAUUAUAUCAUUUGUGACGAUUGUGGUGCUAAGGAUAAUCUUUGUUGUAAAUGUGGACAAAGUCAAGAUGCCCCUAUCGAACGACCUGUUCCUGCUGUUGAAGAAGAACGUGAACAAGCCGAAUUUGAAAACGAUAUAAAAUUACUUCGCGAAAGACAAAGACGUAAAUUCUAUCGUUUGAUGAAACAAGGGAUGUCAGGUGAAGAAGCGUUAGCCAAAGUAACCGAUCCAUCUACUCAACAAUCCAAUGGCGAGAACGGUGAUGAUGAUGAUGAUGAUGAUGAAAAUUACGUUGAUGAUGAUUCAGACUUCGAUGAAGAUGAAUUAACUUAA